GAUUGCAAAAUGGCGGCAAAGUAAGCUGCAUGUGUUCUUUUUCGCGGAUUCGUUGAAUGGCAGAAUCUGCGACAAAUAACGACGAAUUCUUCUACUUUACCGUCGAGGGUCUUCGAUACGAAGAUCUUCCAGAACUUUCAAGUUGUACAGCACCAUUCAACAGCGAUGAAGGUGUUCCCUUCUUCUCUGGUAGGAGAAAAUCUAGGAGACGUACUGGAAGACUGGUGACAGUAAAUAACCAGAAGAUUGCAUUGCUCAAAUAUAAAGGAACAGUUCAUGCCUUGGAUGAAAUGUGUCCACACAUGGGUGGCCCUCUUCAUCUUGGGGACAUUGAAGAGCUGGGUCAGGCAGCCCUGCCAUGCAUUGUGUGUCCUUGGCACAGUUGGAAGUUUUCCUUAGAAAAUGGAUUUGUGAAAGAUCCUGCUUGUGAGAAGGGUACAAAAGUUGGUAUUUAUCCUGUGCAAGUCACUGACAAGGGAGAAUUGCGAGUUGGCUUCAGGUCUUUUUCCCCAGACUAUUUCAAUGGUGCAAUGGAAUUCUAGUUUUAAAAAGCUGUCAGCUCAUGUGAGUUUGAUACAUGAGAGAAUCUGGUUGUG